GCUGUGGUCGACCGUGGUCGACUUUGGUCGGCCGCGGAUGAGCGUUGCGCUCUCGGAAGUUGCACCUGGCAUGAACUCGCCUCUGCCGUUGUCGCCGACGUCGCGCGGUCUCAUGGGAUUGCAACAUCGUCGCAAAUGACGCAGGCUCGGCUAUCAGGCCGAAUUCCACCGUCGGACGUUCGUCUUCGCGUAGGAACAAUGUCCGGGUACACGGGGAGCAGCACGGCGUCAUUCUACCGUCGUUGACUGAUUCCCGCGGGGACAGUUUGUCGGUAAACAAAACGAGCGAUCGAGCACGAAUAACUCUCACAUCCGGGAGCAUCCCUCUGCUUUCCUCGCCACUCCAAGGAUCGACGAAUGCGGACGAGGCACGCGUAUUGUCGUCUGGCUAGCGUUUUGUUGUGUCUGGUGUCGUCUCGCGGCAACUCUUGCUUGAGAUCGUCGGGCAACAGAUAUACAAUAAUAAGCUUUCCAUCAAGACUGCCAAUGUAAGACUGAAUCAUUGAUGUAUGGCAUAAUUGUCUUUGGUGUCAAGUACGGUCAGCAUCAAUGGGAAACUGUUUUUCGUGCUUCAAGGUGCCACUUCCACCAUCAAUCAGCACUGAUCAAUCGAUUGUAUCUGAACAUAAAGACGAAACAAUGGAACUCAGAGGUUUGUUCCCAAACUCUUGCCAACAAUCUGGUUCUUUUGUGCCUGAAACACAUGCAAAUGGGAACAGGAAAUCUACAAGUAUGCUACCGACAUUUAAUAAUGUAGGCUCUGAUAAUUGCGGUUCUGUACCUAAUGUACAAAGCACACUACGCCUAUCGCGAGGGUUCUAUGCGCGACUACAGCCAUUAGGACGAUCCAGUACAUCAUCGGGUCUCAAUUUAACUGAAUCUAAGCAACAAAGGGAACCAUCAGAGAGUAAAUUAAACGCACUUUUCGAUCAAUACAAGGAUCCUCGUGAAGAUGUAAUAUUAGCUGAUGGUAUAGAAAGACUCUGUGAUGAUUUACAAUUAUCACCCGAUGAAUUUAAAGUUCUCGUGCUCGCAUGGAAGUUAAAUGCGGAACAAAUGUGCCAAUUCACACGCCAAGAAUUCGUCACGGGGUUAAAAGCGAUGAAGGUCGAUAGUAUACGUGGUAUACAGGCACGAUUGCCUGAGAUUGUUCAAGAAUUGACGGUCAAUAGUGAUUUGUUCAAGGAUCUCUAUCGAUUCACAUUCCGAUUUGGCCUUGACGUGACGUCUGGUCAAAGAAUUUUACCAGCUGAUAUGGCGAUCGACCUUUGGAAACUCGUUUUCACGAUACGUGAACCUCCACUCUUAACGAAAUGGCUCAACUUUCUUGAAUGCCAUCACAUCCGCGGGAUUCCUAGAGACACUUGGAAUAUGUUUUUAAACUUUGCUGAAAGUAUUGGAGAUGAUCUUGGUGCUUAUGAUGAUGCAGAAGCGUGGCCAAGCUUAUUUGAUGACUUUGUGGAAUACGAAAAUGACCAAAUGAACCAAAAUAUAACUAAAGAUGACAUUAUGAAAGAUACUUCUACCGACAAAGCUUAAUGUUCUUAUUCUAUAAAAAUAACAGAGGAACAAAAGGUAUUAUCUUAAAUUUGAUUUUUGAACAGAAUAUCAUCUGUCAUUAUCCUGCGAUAUCAAUAUUUUAUUCUUAUGUAUGAUCAAGGAAGCGAUAUUCUUGAUUAUCACAAUUAUUUUUUUUAAAUAUCCAUUUGUUAUUGCGUCAUUUUCAUUCUGUUUGGUAUUCUAUUUCCUAAUGUAAAUAUAGCUUAUUUCACGUAUUUAAUUCUGUCUUGUCAUGCGCGCGCGUGGAAGAGAGAGAGAGAGAGAGAGAGAGAGUGUGUGUGUGUGUAUGCGUAUAUGCGUGUGAGAAAUUUGCGAGAAAUCUCCAUAUUGCAAAUUUUAAUGUGCUAGCAGCAAAUUACAUAUUAUUAUAUAUUUGUUUUAUAUAAACAAAAUACGUUCAUAUUCAAAGUAGUAUUUUUACACUUUGUCUUAUGGUCUUUGAUCAUAAUAUAUAUUUAACAAUUAUGUUCUAUGCAAUUGCUUGUAAUAAUAAGCAUGAUGCAUAUUUGUAUCGAUAUAUAAUUGUGCUUAUUUAUUGCGGUUAUUUGCGUGAACGCGCGAUAUUUCAUUAUCAGUUAAAUUCUUGUUCAUCUUACGAGAUGUUGCUUUAUGAAAAAUCUAAAAUGCAUACAGAUAAUUACGUAAGAUUAUCGCUUUUUUUCAUUAAGUUGUGAUAUGUAUAAACAGUGUAUUUUUAAAUUAUACAUAUUAACACACGAUUUAAAAAGAUAUAACAUUAUAAAAUUUUGAUACAGUAAUAAAAUUACAGUUUUAAAAAACAAGAGCUGAAUAUUACCAA